AUGACAGGCGCCUACUGCCUCCUCCCGCUGGGUGAGACCUCGGGGUUGUGCGGGGCCGGGAGGGAGCUCGCGGGACGUGGCCAGGUGGGGCAGGGACAGGCAAAGCCCUCGCACCUCUGCGCCCCGAGAAGGCCCUUAAUGGGUUUGACUGCUGCCAAUUGGGAGUCUAAGUGGGAGAAACUGAGGUGCGGGGGACACAAAAAAGGGAGCGGCAAAACCGGCUUGGUGUCACACAGCAUUAAGGAGGUUGAGCGGGAGAGUCACCAGUUCCAGCUUGCACAGCUUCCUGAGUACAGGCCAUACUUUCCCCAAAAGAUACUAAGUCAUCAGCAGUUCACGUAUUGGCAGUCAGGUGGGGAUGGGAGUCUUGUAGCUUCAGGAUGUGACCCCUGUUGUGUUGUAGAUGUCAACGAGUGUUUGAAGUUGUCCUGUGGACCAUUUGCCAAGUGUGAAAACACAGUUGGGAGCUACCACUGCAUCUGCCUCCCGGGAUAUAGGCUCCUUUCCGGGGCAAAAGUCUUUGCUAACGAGAGUGAGAAUACGUGUCGAGCAUCAGUGGACACUGGGAUGACAUCCGUCCCCUCUGGGAUCCACACAGUUGCUACUGCACCUGGAAGUCUCCCUGAGCAGCCAGCUACAAUGCGCCCGUGGACACGGCUUAGGUCUAAAGGCUCAGGAGAAAGGACACCCAAGGAUCUGAAUGAAUGCACCACUGGGCAAAACAACUGCCACAAAUCCACGCAUUGCAUGAACAAGUCGGGCAAUUAUUCUUGCAUCUGUCGUAAAGGCUGGAAACCUGUCCCUGGAUCCCCCAAUGGCCCAACCAACACAAUGUGCGAAGAUAUAGAUGAGUGCAGCUCUGGGGAGCAUCAGUGUCACAAUUCCACCAUCUGCAUCAACACCCAGGGCUUUUACAAGUGCCACUGCCGUCCAGGUUGGGAGAAAAUUCCUGAGUCCUUCAGAAGACCAAUGGACACCAAGUGCCAAGAACUACCCUUUCCUAAGUGGACACUGCCACCCAAAGCCCAUAGUCAGAGUCUCUUUCGCUUCUCUGUUGAAGUCCAGAGUCUGCUUAGAGACUUCAAUCCAGCCACGACCAACUACACCAUCAAGAAACUCAUUGAGGCCACGGACAAGCUGCUGGAAGCCCCCACGGAUGUAGAGCAUCUAGCCCGCCACCAAGUGGCCGCCCAGUUGCUCUCAAACCUGGAACAAAGCCUUCGGACCUUGGCUAAGUUCUUACCCAAAGGCCCUUUCACCUAUACAUCCCCUUCAAACACUGAACUGUCCCUAAUGAUCAAGGAGCAAGACAACAAAGACGUUACCACAGUGCACUCCAAACAAGGCUGGAUGAUGCUGGACUGGGCUGUGACAGCUGGAGCCAAAAGCUCAGGAACUGGCUACUCCGUGGCAGGCAUCCUAUCCAGUCCAAAUAUACAGAAGUUGCUGGCCAAUGCCUCCUUGAGCCUGGACGGGAGGUGGGAUGCCUUGGAGGAACGCUUCGAAAGCCCAGUUCUCAAUGUUUCACUUGAGCUCCGUUCGAACAUCAGCUCCAUCUUUCUGACCAACACGGACACUGAGAAGCUUGCCUCAAAUGUCACGCUCAACUUCUAUUCUGUGAUUCCUGAAUGGGAGAAGUCCAUUAAGCCACGCCAAGAGCUGAUAUGUGCCUUCUGGAGAGCCCAUGACAAUGGGAGUGGGGCCUGGGCCACUGAUGGCUGCUCGAUGAAUGGCACUGGUUUCUGCCACUGCAACCACCUGACCAGCUUCGCCAUCCUAAUGGCCCAAUACAAUGUGCAGGACCCGACGCUGGCCUUCAUCACCAAGGUGGGGCUGUCCAUUUCCCUGGUCUGCCUACUGUUGUGUAUCUUGACCUUCCUGCUGGUGAAGCCCAUCCAGAGUUCUCGAACCAUGGUGCACCUGCACUUGUGCAUCUGCCUUUUCCUGGGCUCUGUCAUAUUCCUGGUGGGCGUCGAGAACGAAGGAGGUGAGGUGAGCCUGCGCUGCCGCCUGGUGGCAGUGUUGCUGCACUACUGCUUCCUGGCAGCCUUCUGCUGGAUGGCACUGGAGGGUGUUGAGCUCUACUUCCUUGUGGUCCGCGUGUUCCAGGGCCAAGGCCUGAAUACAUGGUGUCGCUGCCUGACUGGCUACGGGGUGCCCCUCCUCAUCGUGGCCAUCUCAGCUGCUGUCAAAAUAGAGGGAUACGGGCACCCAACAUACUGCUGGCUUAACUAUAAGAAGGAUGGCUUUCUCUGGAGCUUUGUGGGACCCCUGGCCUUCAUCAUUUUGUGUAACGCUGCCAUUUUUGUAAUCACUGUCUGGAAGCUCAUGAUGAAGUUUUCUGAAAUCAACCCAAACUUGAAGAAAUUAAGGAAGGCGAGGGUGCUAACCAUCACAGCCACUGCUCAACUCUUCGUGCUGGGGUGUACCUGGGUCUUCGGCCUGUUCCUCUUCAACCCCCACAGCCAAUGGCUAUCCUACAUCUUUACCCUGCUCAACUGCCUGCAGGGCCUUUACCUGUACGUGAUGCUCUGCCUGCUCAAUAAGAAGGUGAGAGAGGAGUACCGCAAGUGGGCCUGCUUGCUUGCUGGGAACAAGUACUCAGAGUUCAGCUCUUCCACAAUGGGGACUGGCACAAGCCAGAGUCAGACACGGGCUCUCAGGCCCUCAGAAUCAGGGAUGUGAAAGGAAGUUCCAGCCAAGAGAGCAGCACACACUCAAG